GAGAAAAAAAGACAGAGUGAGUGGGUGUGUUGAGACAUGGGCACAGCGGAUGGCUCUACCUGUUGCACAGUAAGGCGUGUUCAAUAAAUCUUUUACCCAGGAUACUGCAGACGAUUGGUUCCAAAGUUCAAGGGUAAAAUAUCCAGGAGCAUAGCACACGGGGACAACCAGGAGAGGACGAGUCAAAGAGAAGUGUCAAAGUGAUUCAUUUGGGAAAUUGUGAAAGAAAUCAGUCAUUUGUGUCGACAGGAAUAAACACAGUCGAAACAAAACAUGGCCGAGAGCGCGAGUCCAAAGGGCAGCUCUGGUGACUUUGCUAAAAAAGUCCAAAGACAGCUGAGCAGAAGCAAAGAAAAGGUGCUACAAAAGCUGGGGAAGACAGUGGAGAGCAAAGACGACCAGUUUGAACAUUUUCUCCAGCAGUUUAAUGACCAGCAGACUGAUGGGAACCGGAUAUACAAGGAUAUGAGGAACUACAUCAAUGCAGUGAGAGACAUGCGUGAAGCUUCAAGGCGCCUUUCCCAGUCUCUGUAUGAUGCUUAUGAAACUGACUGGGCUGGAGAGGAAGAUUUAGGAGCCAUUGUAGAGGGAGAGGACCUCCUGUGGAAUGACUUGGAGGUGAAGCUAUUAGACCAGGCCGUACGCACCAUGGAGUCCUACGUGAGCCAAUUCCCAGAUGUCAGGGAGAAAGUAGCCAAGAGGGGAAGAAAACUGGUGGACUACGACUCUUCCCUUCACCACCUGGAGGCACUGCAGACUGCUAAGAAGAGGGAUGAUGUCAAGAUAAACAAGGCAGAAGAGGAGAUGAAUGCUGCCAAAAGUGUCUAUGAAGGCAUCAACACUGAGUUAAAAGAGGAGCUGCCUGUGCUCUAUGAAAGCCGUAUUGGAUGCUUUGUGACAGUCUUCUCAGCUGUGUCAAGUUUACGAGACAUCUUCUACAAGGAAAUGAGUACGCUCAACCUUGAUCUACAGAACGUGAUAAAAGAGCUGCAGGCUCAGCAUCCGGACAAAGUGUUUGCUCUGAAGGGAAUGCAACGGUAUGGCUCCCUCAAGAGACGAACUCUGAUGUCCCCUAAGGCCUGGAAAUCCAGCUUCUCUGAUUUCCACAAGAGCUACAGUCCUAGACCGAGCCAGAGGUUUAGCUUCAGGUCCCCGGACAAACCUCGCCACAGCACUCUGUCCAGAGAGAGCAGCAUCCUUGCAGUCACCCCACAGCCACCUCUUCCGGAGGACCCCGUCUCUGAGUCCAGGGACCUGGAUGCAGGAUUGAGCCACAGUGAGACCCCCAGUUCUCCUGCACAAGAAGACGCUGCAGCUGGAAACGAGCUGAACUCAGGAGAAGGCAGCAACCAGGUGGAAGAGGAGAAAGGCAGGAAAGAAGAGGAGUCUGAGCCUAAGCCUCCUGCAGAAUCUGAGAAUAAAGGAAACGGUGAGAAAGCUCCACCGAGUGACAGCAGCUCUGAACUGAACAACUCCUGUGAUUCCGUGAGCUUGGAGAUUCAGCUGUCUGCAGCAGAUGACGGCCCGCUGCACAUUGAAGAGGACGACCUCGACACUCCUAAACCAAACGGGCUGGAGAAUGGUGAAGUUUCUGGGUUGAAGUCUGACACCAAGGACCUGAGCAUUCCUUACAAGGAUGCUCCUGCAGAAACACAGGCAUCUCCGGACUCAAAAAGCACAGAUGUUUAGCAUAUUAAAACACUAGAGAAGCACAGGAGAGAUUGACAUCAACAGCUGCACAAGAGAAAAAAUGUGGAGACAGCCGCACUGAAGUGUCCAUGUGUGGGGGGAAUGAAUGAUGGACUGUGCAUUGACAUGUUGGAGUUAGUUUUCUUAUUUAUCUUUUAUUGAAAUCAGUGCAGAGUAUGGGUAAAGUCAUAUUUUUGUAACAGCCGUAAGUAUCCCUUUAAAAGUAUAGAUACAUGACAGGAGGACCAGACUUAAUCCCACAGAUUUUAUUAUAUUCUGCAUCAAACAUUUUAAAAUCAGAGUAGUUUUUU